UUUCGACCUUGAAGCCUAACAUAGCGCGGGAGUUGAUAGAGUUCAGUUCCAAUGACGACUGCAAAGCUUAAACUGUGUAUUUUUUCAAGAGAUUUUUGAGUUUUAAUUUAAAGUUCACUUUGUCUACUUCCUUUGUAGAAUUCAGAACAAAAAAUUAUACAUUCAGUCUGAUAUGUGCCACGAGAAGUAAAGCAUAGAGUAAAAAUUCACGGAAAAAUUUAUUGUCAACUAUAUUCAGAGCUUUCUCUCCUUUCCUUGGACUACGAACAAUACAGUUAUAUUCGAGGGCGCAAUUUAAAAUUGUAUUGAAAUUUCACUGCCACCAUAACUGAUCGAAAUAUGAGUUCAAAAAAACGUGUUGGAUUUUCUUGUGUGGGAUUUUUUUUAGCGGAUAAACAAACAAUGUCUGUCAAGAAGGAAAAAUAUAACGCGAGAAAAAUAAGAAAAGUAAAAUCACGUAAACCGAAGAACCCGACGUCUUUAACCGUCACACGAGGGAAUAAAAUUGAUGAACUUCUGUUAAAAUGGAGUCCACCCUUUAAUGAGGACAUAAUAGAAUAUAUUGUUGAAAAAAAAGACGGUACCUCCUGGAAUGAAUUUCGUAUUCUAAGUGGUAAUAGGGUUACUUGUCGCAUCAAGAAAUUACGUGAAGGAGAACGUCAUCAGUUUCGAGUGAAAACUGUGAAUCGUUAUGGUAAAUCAACUGGAACUAAGGCUGUGGAAUUUUUUGUCCCCCCAUUUGGUUUAAUGUACCGCCCUUACUCAUGAAUGUUUUCCAUGGUCCUACUUGACUCAUUUUUGCUGUUGAUCAAAAUAAUAGAAAGAGCGGCAAUACAUUUUUUAUAGUUUUUAAUAAAAUUAAUGCUGUAUGAACAAUGGUAAUACAUUUUUAGUAUUUUUUUU